AUGCUGACCGGGGUCGCCGGGGUCGUGGCGGGGGCCGCCUCCAUGGCCGUGGGGGAGUACGUGUCGGUCAGCUCCCAGCGCGAUGCGGAGAGGGCAGACCUGGUGGCCCUGGAGCGGCAGCUGCAGGCGGGGGCGGCAAGCAAGGCGGAGGCAGAGAGGGACCUGGCGCAGGUGCACAUUGACCGCGGCCUGCCUCCCAAGCUGGCCGGGCAGGUGGCCAGCACCCUCACCAAUCAGGUAGAAGACCCGGCCGCCGCCCACGCCAGGGACCGCGACGGCGUGGAUGCCGACAACCUGACCAGCCCCAUGCAGGCGGCCGCGGUCUCCCUGCUGGCCUUCAGCCUGGGCGGCGCGGCACCCCUGGCCACCGCCGCCCUCCUCACCCACGACGCGGGGCUUAGGAGCGCCAGCGUCGCGGUCGUAUCCCUGCUCACCCUGGCAGGGAUGGGAGCCCUGAGCGCCCACCUCGGCGGAGCGCCCAUCGGAAAGGCGACUGCACGCGUGGUCCUGGGCGGCUGCCUGGCCAUAGGCCUGACUCAUCUUGUGGGCACCUACUUUGGCGUGGACACCACCUAA